UCCGCGUGUGCUGAGAUCACUGGUGCUGACAGCUGACGUUAAGUUUUCAACAUGGCGACUGUGUUUACCUGUCAAUCUGGACCAAAUCACAUAUCUUCAAAAGUUAAUAACAUUAGACAUGCUGAAAUUGUUAUUCCUAAAUAUAUAUUUCUUGGAUUUAUAUUACUUGGGUUUGUUGUUUUGAUAUCAAACAUUCCUAGGGCUAUCCAGUUAUUUUUUCCUGUGAAGUAUAAUCUUGGAUUAUUCGGGAAACUGGGUGCGGAACAUUUCUCUUUAGAUGUUAGAGAAACUGGUAUUGUUCCACGUAUUCGUCACAAUAUACCCGUAAAUCCAGACAUUAAGAAAGAAGCUGUUGCUGCUUUACACAUUGCUCUGGAUUUGAAAGAACAGAAGAAAACUGACAAAGCUUUAAGAGUACUUCAACAUGCUAUAAAACUUGACCCUUACCAUGCUGAUAUAUUAAUAGCUUAUGGUGAAAUAGUUGAAGAAUUUGAAUCUGAUAUUGUAACUGCAGAUCUAAUGUAUAACCGUGCUCUUGUAGUGAGCCCUCAACAUAAACAAGCCUUAGAAAAUACACUUCGAACUAAGCCAAUUGUUGAGGAAAUAGACCAAAAACGUUUUAAUAGAAUUGAUAAAAAAAGAGACAGACUGUAUAAAGUGCCUUCCAAUCAUCCAGGGUUGAGACGAGCAAAACAAGAGGCUUACUUCUCUCAUAUAUAUCAUACAAAUGCUAUUGAAGGCAACACAUUAACACUUUCACAAACCCGUGCAAUUGUGGAAACAAGGAUCGCUGUUGGCGGAAAAAGUUUGGCUGAACAAAAUGAGGUUUUGGGUUUAGAUGCUGCUCUCAGUUAUAUUAACAGCACGUUGCUUGGUAUUGGGCAGUUAACUUUGGAUGAUUUGUUAGAAAUCCAUCGUCGUGUUUUAGGGUUUGUUGAUCCAACAGAAGCUGGCCGCUUUCGUAAAACUCAGGUUUUUGUGGGUGAUUUUGAACCACCACCUCCUGAAGAUUUACAGUACCUGAUGGAGCAAUUUAUCGAAUGGUUGAAUUCAGAAGAAACGGUAACUUUACAUCCAAUAGAAUUAGCGGCAUUAGCCCACUAUAAACUUGUCAUCAUACAUCCUUUUUAUGAUGGAAAUGGUCGGACCUCGCGGUUGUUAAUGAAUCUUAUUCUCAUGCAAGCUGGAUUUCCACCAGUGUCUAUUGAAGUGGAAGACAGAUAUAGAUAUUAUGAAUCUUUAGAGACAGCUAAUAAUGGAGAUGUGCGACCCUUUAUUAGAUUUAUAGCCGAGUGUACUGAAAGAACAGUUGAUGAAUUCUUGAUAUCGACUUUGGAAGGUUCUUCAUUACAAGUGUUAAACAGAACUAAUCGAGAUCGUGUUAUACUGUUAGAGAAAGAUGAAGAUUUAUAACUAAUACUUAGGCCACACUAAUUUAAUUUUCAGUUCUUUGGGGUCUUGAUAAAUAAAUAGCUGCUUGAAUCACAUGAAAGAUGUUCAAUUUAAAAUUUUAAAACUUUAAAAUUUGGAACUAAAAACCUUUGAUCAGCUCAACCAAGAAUUUUUGGUUUUUAAAUUAGUCUUUUUGCGGAAGAAAUAAGAAACAAACUUUAACAGGUAUUCCUGAAGAACAAAAAAUCAAAUUGGUGUAGCCUUAUUGUGGUGUUAAUAUUGAUGUAAAUUAAAUUAUUUUAAUAACUAUGUUACGUACAUGUACCUCAAAGAAGCAGACCCAAAGCUCUAAAGCAGUGGACACAUUAGCCGAAUCGUUCGGCCGAAUCAAUCGGCGCCGAAUGGGUGGACACACUUGCUGAAUGCUUCGCCCAAUUCAACCUGCCGAUUGCAUCACCUUUAACGUCACAUGAUUAAACAUGGCGGCGUCUAUGUCUUCAAUCUAUCACGUGACUUCUCGAUAUGAGUGGUGAUUGAUUGGCUAAUGAAUACUAUAUUCGACCGAAUGCUUCGGCGAAGCGGACAAACCAGGCGAAUAUAUCAAACCUGUUUGAUUCAGGCAAAUCAUUCGGCCGAAUGACAGUGGACACACUAGGCGAAUUUCGACGCAGAUUGAUUCAGCCGAACGAUUCGGCCGAAUCAUUCGGCUAGUGUGUCCACCGCUUUAGAAAAUCAUGUCAUAGAUUGAUUUGAACAAAUUUGCGACCAGUAAAAGUACUUUCAAUUGUUUGAUCUUACUUAAAGUUAAACUACACAUUUAACCCCUACACUUUGUACCUUUUAAAGAUAUCUUUUCAAAACUGAAAAGAGUAGAUGGGGACAGAAAAGAGGAGUUGAUUUUGAUUUGUUACAUGUGUAGCAAGUCCAAACCAUACCAAUUGACAUGCUGGUUCCUGUCACAUGUAAGCUUAUUUUACAGUCUUCAUUAGCCCAGGUGGAGCAGAAUAGUAGGACAAUAAACCCCAUUUCAUUUCAUUUCAAGCUUACUUUCACGUUAAAACAGAUCUUUCGUUUUGUUUUUUAAAAAAAAUCACUAACAUAAUGCUAUUCAAUAAAGAUUAGCAAGGUGUCAUUUAUUUGUGGGACAGCGCUAACUGAAUUCUAUUAUCAGUAUUUAACUGUCUUCAUUUUCAUGGCCAAUAAAUGUUCAACUAUGUAAUAUGUAACUGUCAUCAUUAAGUAGAUGUUUGACCUCAGAACUAUUCAUUUAGUUGGAAUGUUGUUUGAAUGAUUUGAUUGUGUUUAUAAAAGCACCUCAUAUCCAUCCAACUUUUUCAUAAGAUGUUUUGCCACUAUUUUCAAUGAUCAGAGCAUUUUGCUCCAAAAUAUCUUCAUCUUUGAUUCACUUAUCAUUUUAUGGAGAAAAUACUCUGAAUUUUUAUUUUAUCACCUUAACUUCAGUCAUGUUAUACUAGUUAUAGCGUUUGAUAUAUUACCGGUAACAUAUAUUCAAGAUAAACUGAUUGUCCAUUAUUAUAAAUAUACUGAGAUGCAAUGAUUUGACCAUAAGUGCUGAUGAGACAUAAUACAACUGUGAUUUUCAACAUUCCCAUUCUGUUGAAUACAAUUGUUUUAUUUGGAGAGAAUUGAUCUGUGGUGCUUUUACAUGAUCAUGAAAACAUCAGUCUCGCAUGUUAUUGUUGUAAUCUGAUAUUCUUUCAUUCAGAAUUUCAAGAUUAAAGUGUAUAUCAAAUAAGAUUUAUAAUUAUCAUUUAUAAAAGUCGUACAUUUCAAUUACAUCGCAGUGUGAUAUGUCAAGUUUGGUGCUGGCUUCCUUUAGCUGAUGCAAGUGCAAUUACUGGUAGUAAUCAUGUUGCCAUUUUUUUAAAAAAAAAACAAUAUUCAUAAUGUCUUUCAAAUAGAUUGUUGCGGAAAAUGGAUGUGGAAUAACUAAUCUUGACAUUGUCUUUUCUCAGUACCACAAUUAUGGACGGAUUACUCAAAAAGUCAGAUGGUUCAUUAUUGUUCAAUAAAUAUUAAUAUGGAAGCGUUGUCUUUUUUAAUUGAAAUUUAAUAUAAAUGAUAAUUAAGUCAAAAGUAAAGAAGUUUUACUUUUAAAAUCUGUCAGUCAACAAAUUUUCUAAAUGCUAUUCUUUAUACUUGUAAAACCGUCAGUCUGAGUAGUGGGCUGCUUCUGAAUGCUAGUCUGUAAGUCUUAAUAAGGAACAAAGGAUGUCUGACUUUUCUGUAACAGCAUGUUAUGAAAAUAUUUUAACUUUUUACUUUAUGGUUAUUUUCCCCAUAUAGUUAGAGGCGGGGACCAGUGUCCGCCCUUAAAACUGAAUCGGUUUUUUUAACAAAAUGGAACAGAACUUAUUGCUAUCCAAAUUUUACAAAGAGCCCCAGUGUAAAUUUGCCUUUGUGAAUGUACCGAAUAGUCGUUCUAAUUAUAAUUUCAAAUUUACAGCCUUUUUUAAGAGAUUAUAUGGAGUCUUUAAACAGUUUUAAAGAUCCAUCAAAAACGGGUUAAUUAGACUAUAUAUUAUGUCACAUGCAUCAGUGUCAAAAAAUUUAAUUCACAGAACGGAAUGAGAGAGAAGAAAAAAUUACAUGUAUAAUAAAUUGCUUUUAUUAAUCACUAAAGCCUAUACAUCACAUUGGUUGACAAGAUGUUGUCUGUGAGGUUUAGGAAGAUAAAUUGUUUGGUUUUUUUAAAAUAAAAAUCCUGGAUUAUCUUGACAAAUCAACUGUUUUUGUCAAUUAAACAUAAACUGUUAAAGAAAUGAAAUGAUCACUACAUUUAUACUUUUUAUAUGUCCACAUGGACAUCCACAUGGAAAUGUGGACAUAAUAAUAUAUUGUCCUCUCUCUGUCUGUCAGUCCAUCCGUCGUCCACAAUUUCUUGUGAACACCAAAAGUUAUCAUCUGAUUGUUUUAAAAUUUUCACAUUAGUGAGAUGCAGAAGCCUAUUUAAUUUCAAUAAUUUCUGUUAAUUACUUCUAGAGUUAUGGCCCUUGUUUAACUUUGUUGCACCUUGUGAAUGCUCUAACAUCAAAAGUUAUCUGCCGACCUGUAUGAAAUUUAUAUGCAUCAUUUAAAUUAGUAAAAAGAAGAAUCCUAUUGAAUUUCAACCAAUUUAUGUUUAGAGUUAUGGCCCUUGUUUCACUUUGUCAAACCUUAUGAACCUCUUAACGACUAAAGUUAUGAUCCGAUCUUUGUGAAAUUUAUAUGCAUUAUUUAAAUAAGUGAAACGAAGAAGCCUAUUGAAUUUCAGCAAUUUCCAUUUAUUACGUCUACAGUUAUGGCCCUUAUUUCACUUUGUUGAACCAUGUGAAUGCUCUAAUGCCAAAAGUAAUCAUCAAAUCUGUAUGAAAUUUAUAGGCAUCAUUUAGAUUAGUGAAACCACUGAGCCUAUUUAAUUUCAGUAAUUUACAAUAAUUACUUCUAGAGUUAUGGCCCUUGUUUAGCUUUAUUCAACCUUGUUAAAGCACGCUUGAUGAAAAUUAUCAUCCGAUAUGUAUGAAAUUUAUAUGCAUCAUUUAAAUUUGUGAAAUGGAUGUCUAUUGAAUUUCAACAAUUUUUGUCAAUUACUUCUAGAGUUAUGGCCCUUGUUUUACUUUGUGAACGUUAUGAACGUUCGAAUGACAAAAGUUAUCUGAUCUGUAUGAAAUUUAUAUGCAUUAUUUAAAUUAGUAAAAUGAAAAAGCCUGUCAAAUUUCAAACUUUCUGUAAACUACUUCCAGAGUUAAGGGCUAUGUUUCAGUUUGUAGAACCUUAUGAAUCCUCAAUCGACAAAAAUUAUAAUCUGAUCUGUAUGAAAUUGUCUUGUAAAUGCCCCCAAUUAUCUACAAAUAGUAAAUAUGCGACAACCCUUGUCGACCACUCGGACGAUUUAGCUGCUGUGGUCGUAUGUUUCGUUUUCCUGGCAACCUAUCUUUGCAUAUUUAUACUCUAUUUUCUUAAAGUGUUUCUAACCUGUGCAUGUAACAUUUAGAGAUGUAAAAAAGCUGUUUGUAGUAGAAGAUGAAUAAUAGUAUUAUAAAGAGGUUUCUUCAUAGCUCACUAUGUAGAUUAUUGAAAGAUGCAAAAGCAGAAGGCAGUAGAACUUUGAAGCACUUGUAGCUUACAUUAUGAAAAAAAGUACUCUUCAUUAAUCUCAUUAGAAAUUCAUACUGCAUUUAAAUUGAAAUCUCAUUCUGUGGGUAAAUGGUUCAGUUUGAUCGCAUGUUGUACUUUUAUUUUAAUAAUGUUAUGCAUCAUGUAAUUUAUAUCAUUGAAAUCCCCCUCCCCCAGCUUUAUCUCAUUUUAUUGUUGUUAUUUAUUAUGUUAUUUUGUUGAAUAUUGUUCUGUGAUAUGAAUUGAUGUUAUUUCUGGAGAUAAUUGUUUCAUAUUUUUGUUGGAUCAUGAAAAUUGGUUAUACGGUAGGUGUCUAAAGCUAGUAUCUCGUUAGACUGUGAGGGCUCGCGACUAGUUGGAGAAUCAAAAUUACGCUAUUAGCGACAAUGUUCACUUAAUUGGAAUAACCCUUAAUCUGAAUUGGUAAAAGACACAUUUUGGGCCAAAAUUCAUCUGUAGUUUGUCUACAUUUGUGCAGCAGAAUUGUGAAAAUUUGGCACACAACUUGAGAAUUUGGGACCAUAUAAAAAAAAAUUUAUAUCGCAAUUUAGACACAAAGUAUCUGAAUUAUGUUGCUAUUUAUUCUUAAUUGAUUCACAAAUUUGAGGCGGCCGAGGACACCUGUCUCGCGUCCAGAAUGUAAGAUUCUUAGUCACAAUUUAGUUUCAUAGGUCGUCAACCCCUCCCAAAGUUUAGCAAUUCAAGAGAGAGAUGUACUGCAACUCACAAGAGAAAAUUGAGAUAUUUUGGAAACUCUCCCACGAUUGAUGUUCACAGUCCAGUGAGAUACUACCUUAUUUAUCUUGUUAAGCUACAAUCUGUAAUACAACAGUAACUAGCCUCUGGCUGUUAUGAAGGCAUCUUUUGAUGCCUAAGUGAUUUUGAUUGUCUUAUUUUAUAAAAAAACAGGAAUGUAUGUCUAACUAAUAUUUUUAAAAUAAAGAUGUAAUGGGAAACUAAAAAAAGAAAAUGUUCCCGUUACUUAAGUAUCCACUUUCUAGUACCUAAAAUGGUCUGUAGAACAUGAAAUUAUUAUGUCUUUAGUCCUGGGAAUAAAUGAGACCUGGAGUCUUUGAUAAUUUUGAGAUCAGUGUUACAAUAAUAAUCAAAAUACAUACAAUGUAAAACAAUAGUUCUAAAACAUUAAAAUGUCAACAUGUUCAUAGUUUAAAAGCAUGUUUAAAAAGUUCAGUUUUAAGAUUCUUUUUAAAAACAGCAACAUUAGUAGAGUUAUUUUUGCAAGACUAGGUAAUUCAUUCAACAUGUUAGCAGAGGCAUAAGCAAAGGCCCAUUCACCAGUUUUGGUUUUUACUGUAGGAACAUGGACUAAGUUUUUAUCAGCAGAUCGCAGGUUCCUACAUGGUUUAUAGUGUUAAAAGUUUAUUAAGAUACUGUGUGGAGCAGCCAUUAUUUAGACAAUUAAAAGUUAACAAUUUCAUGUUUUAUAAAUUACCACACUAGAUUGUUAUUGUACUCAAAAUAAAUCCUAUUUUUAAUAGAAAA